AUGAAGUACGACCACGUCACCCUCCCCGCCCUACAAAUGGCCGCUGCGGCCUUCCUGGCGUCGACCUGCCAGGCCAAGACCUACUGCACCGACCAGAACUCCAGGGUCGUCGCCAAGAGCAACUGCGACGGCACCCAGCCCCGCGACGACUUCUUUCUGACCCAGCACACGGCCAGGGCUGCCGUCGGCGACAUCGUCGAGGGGCGGAAGGUCGACAGCACCAACCCGAUCGCCCGCAAGGUUGCCAGAGUGCCGGCGAUGCCGGGCAAGGAAGCCGGUGGCUUCGGUAGGCGCGAAGACACGAACGGCAACGGUAUUGAUGAUUCGGACGAAGACAAGGACGGCGAUGGGGUUACGGUCGCGGAAGGAGACAUGAACGAUAGUGACCCCGAUAUUGGUGCCCCUGCGUCCACGUCUGCUGGCUUCGGGGGAUAUUACGGCGGCGGCUACAGCGGCGGCUCAUGA